GACCCUGAAGACCUACAACCAAUUUAAGAGCUUCUCUCAUCAUGUCAUAUCGUCAAAACACAAAUUUGCAUGUUUUUCCCACCCCUCGUUAUUAAUUAUUCCUAUUAAUAACAAUGUACUUUCUAUUUUUAUUUUUUGUUAUUUUAACACACCCACGUGCCCCUAUUCUAAUUUUUAUUUACCCAAACAUCUAUGGACAAAUUUUAAAAAAAUAUUUGUCCUUUUGUAUCUUACGUUUUACUCUCAUUUCCGUAAAAUUUAAUAAUCAAUUAGUUUAAUUAGGCGAGAUCUUUUUAUCAAAUAAAUUGAUAUAAAUUUUGUGUGUUUUAACAAUUUUAACCUUGAAAAAACCUGGUUUUUUCUUUAAUUUAUUUUAAAGUAUAGAUUUUUUAAAAUACUCUCGAUGAGUCCACACUUGAAGACCUACUCCCCGAAGACCUACUGACCCUAAAGACCUAAAAUUUUCGUAAGGGAAUAUUGAGGGAUUUGUAGGGAUUAAGGAGAUACCGAUGGAUUUGGUGUUUUUGAGGUGGAUUGAGAUCUCUACUCGCCCUAAGUUAAGGUACACCUCACAAUACUGGACAAUACAGAACUGGGUAUUUAACUAAAUAAAGUGGGUACUUAUCCCUCUUAAUCCUUCUAAAUCUCAUUCCCUUUCAAAAGUAUAGGUCUUCUGUGUAUAGGCUGCCCCCUCCCAAUUUAGCUAUGCCCCCUCCCAAUUUCUAAAUUUUUUUGAAAAAUUUUCUAUCUUAGAAAUAAAUUAAAAUGCCCGGCAAUGGCCCAAAAGAAAGAAUUUCUGUGCCGUCAGAGAAAGAAGCAUUAACUCCUCAAACAAAUGGAUUUGGAAAGAAAAAUUCGAAUGGGGGAAUUUCACAAGAAAGACAACAAAUUCGUUUAAGGCCAAAAUUAGGCCUCUUCAACGGCUGCGCAAUCAUAAUUGGUGUUAUUAUCGGUUCUGGCAUUUUUAUCAGCCCAAAAGGUGUUUUAAUCCAUGCCGGCAGCCCACUCCUUUCAAUUGCCUUAUGGACAGGCUGUGGACUAUUUUCAAUGCUUGGUGCACUUUGCUACGCAGAAUUGGGGACAAGGAUACCUAAAAGUGGAGGAGAUUAUGUUUAUAUUUCUGAGGCAUUCGGCCCUCUACCUGCUUUUCUCUUCCUUUGGAUUGCACUUCUUAUAGUCAAUCCAACGUCAAACGCUGUAAUUGCCUUAACUUUUGCUCAAUAUGUUCUCAAACCGUUUUUCCCUGCCUGUCCAGUGCCUGAGACUCCAGUUAGAAUAAUUGCAGCUGCUAUUAUAGUCCUUCUAACCUUUGUCAAUUGUGCCAACGUAAGGUGGUCUACUCGAACUCAGGAUUGGUCAACUAUUACAAAAAUUGUUGCUUUAGCUUUAAUUGUUGUUGCUGGUUUGGUAAAUGUUAUUUUAGGAAAAUCAGAAACUCUUAACCAAGAAACUUUACUUGAAGAUUCCAAUUUUUCUCCAGUUCACUUGGCAUUGGCUUUCUAUUCUGGGGUGUUUAGCUUUUCUGGAUGGAAUUAUCUUAAUUUUGUGACAGAAGAAAUUCGAGAACCGCACAAAAAUUUGCCUCGAGCAAUUUAUAUUUCUCUUCCAACUGUUACUUUAAUUUAUAUUCUCGUCAAUAUGGCCUAUUUCUCUGCUUUAUCUUCCCAUGAAAUUUUGGAAUCUGAUGCUGUGGCGGUUACUUUUGCAGCUCGUGUCUUAGGCCCUUUAGCUGUACUUGUUCCUUUCUUUGUUGCUUGUUCAUGUGUUGGAAGCCUUAAUGGGAUAAUUUUCACUUCUUCCCGAAUGUUUUUUGCUGGUGCUCGUGAUGGACUAUUACCAGAAUUAUUAGCAAUGAUUAAUAUAGACUGUUUAACACCAACACCUUCACUUAUAUUUUUGGGUGCUUCUUCAAUUGCUAUGCUGGCUUUUGCUGAUGUUUACGUUUUAAUAAAUUAUUUGGCAUUUGCUGAGUCUUCUGUAAUUACUUGUGCUGUUGCUGGAUUAAUUAGACUAAGACUUCAAGAUGCUAGAUCAAAGAAAAAGGAGACAGAAGGUGAUAACUUGGAAAGCAAUGAAAAUAUUAUUCAGUUCCCACUGUUCGUCCCAGUAAUAUUCUUUUUAAUAUGUUUGUAUAUUUUGUUUGUGCCUUUACUCAUUCAACCAACCGAAUUAAUAGUAGCUAUUGGAAUUAUAGCUUCAGGAAUUCCAUUCUACUUUUUGUUUGUUAGAUGGCAUUGCAAACCUCAAUUAUUUUAUAGACCUUGGAUUGAAAUGACAAGAUCAGCGCAAAAAUUAUUGCUUUGUGUAACUGACGAGACAGCCUUAUCAACAUAA